AUGAGAAUCUUUUUUUUUGCAUUUUCUGUUUUAUUUUAUUCAGGUGCGUCUUCAGUACUUCAUUUACGCUGUUUUCAAAACAGUUCAUCUGCCGUUACCUUGCUUAUGUUUGCUGAUGUAUGUGCUGGCAUUUCUUUUUUUUUCCUGAUUUCCAUACGACAUUAUUGCAGGUUGGCUCAAGUUUGUGUUGUUGCCGUCUGCUCUUUGUGGCGAGUUUUUAGAGGUAGGAAAUACAACCCACUGCGAGGUAGAGUAGACUCUGUGCGAUUGGAUAUUCGGCAGUUGUUUAUCGCAACCUUGUUUUUCAUAAUACUCUUGUUCCUGUUUCCGACAGUUGGAGUUUACUUCCUUGUUUUCUCUGCAGUAAACCGAAUCGCCCUCGUACUUCUGCAAACUUGCUACCGCACCUUCAUUCGAACAUCAGAGCAGUAA